AUGAAACUGAAGAAAGUCUCAAUUCGCAAAAAAUCAGUUUCACCUAAUUUAGAUACAUUAGAUGACUUUCAUGAUGAUGAAGUUUGUUCAAAUGAUGACAAACAAAAUUCUCCAGUGCAACGUAACACAGCAAAUGCUCGUGAAAGAGCUCGAAUGCGAGUAUUAUCGUCGGCAUUCUAUCGACUCAAAACAAUUAUUCCGUGGGUGCCACACGACACAAAGUUAUCAAAGUUAGACACAUUGAGACUUGCACGGAAUUACAUUGCCUAUCUAACAGCAACACUCGAUGGACAACCUGUAAACGAGAUCACUAAUAAAAUGCCGCAUCAACAGAAAAUGACUUGGCCUUACAUAUUCCAACAAGUCCCCGAUCUAAACAACAGCAAAUCUUCUUUGUCAUCAUCCAAAGAUUCAACUAGAAAAUCUGAUUACACGCAUCUGACAUGUUCUAAUGACAAUUUUCAUAAAAUUACGACAUUUGAUGAAGAAUCUCACAUAUCAUCGAUAACAACAAAUUCAGGCUAUGCCGGAAGAUAUCACGACGAUUUUGAAAUGAAUUAUGAUUAA